GGAAAGUGCUGGUCCUUGGCCGCAUGGUGGGUGAGGGUGGGGCGGGUUGGGCGCAUUCCUGUGACCUGGAAGCAGCACCCGGAGUAGGUUUGGGCUAUUGGGGCCAGGAAAAAUAUUACUGCUACAGAGAGAGUGCAACAAAGGAUCACCAGACUUGUUCCCAGGGAUGAUGGAACUGUCCAAUGAAGACAGAUUGGGUAAACUUCGUCUGUACUCUCUAGAAUUUUCAAAGAGUGGAAGGUGCUACUCAAGGUUAGAAAUGUCCAGAUCGAGAUCUGUCUGGAAGAUGUUUCGAUUGGGACUGUUAUACAGUGGACGGUGUGGAGAACACUGGUUCCCCUCAGCCCAGUGCAGCCAAGGAACGUACAGAAGCUGCCUUCAGUUCACAGUCUCCAGUGCACAGCGAAAGGAAAAUGGACAGACUGUGGAGAGUCUGAAGCAGCUGUCAGUGGACGUAGCGAGGAUUCGUCAGCUGAAAAGCUGGGUUUUGCUUGUAAACGAGGCUUAUGUCAAUGAAACCGCCAACAUUUUAAAGGAAAUGGGAGUUGAGGGGAAGAAGGUAGCCGUAAUUUUGGAACGGUACCCUGAGGCCGUUCUCUGCAAACCAGCAGAAAUCAGAGCCCAGCAGGAGUUAUGGGGUAGAUUGUGCACCAAUCAGAAAGAACUGGCAAGAAUUAUUGAGCGGUUCCCAGAAUCAUUCUUUACAAUCAAAAACCACAAGAAUCGACAGGACAAUAUCAAAUAUUUCCAAGCAUUAAACCUGAAUAACAGGAUUAUCAACCGCUUGCUGGUCAGUUCUCCCCAGACUUUCUGUAGCAGUGUGAAUCAGAACAGGGCUGUAAUUGAGAAUUUACAGAAAAGCUACCUUCAGCUGGGUGGCAACCAGGCUAAUAUGAGGAUCUGGUUAAUGAAACUGCUGAGCCAAAAUGCUUUCAUUUUGUUGAAGCCUCCAAACUUGGUGUGUGAAAACUUGAACUUUUUGCGAUCCUUGGGUUUCAGCAAUGCUGAGCUCCUUAAGCUGUUCUCCAAGCUCAAAGGGUUGAUAACUGAGCUAUCGCCCGAUAUUAUGGAGAAAAGCACUGCGUUCUGUGGACAGUCAUUGCAGUGCAGCGACGAGGAAUUGAGGAUCAUCCUGAUGAGCUGCCCGGCCUUGCUGUACUUCUCAGCCCCUGUCUUGGAGGAGCGACUCACUGCCAUUUUGCAGGAAGGGUUUUCAGUGGAGCAGGUCAAAGCAAGUCCAGCAGUUCUCGAGCUGUCUCCACAGAUUGUGUACCGUCGCAUCAAGAGGCUGGUCUCUUUAGGGUAUGAUGUAAAAAGAGACAGCCUGGAACUGCUCAAAGGAACCAAGAAGGAUUUUGAAGUCAAUUGUGGAAAAAUGAACUGGAGGAAAGAGAGACCCUUGUUUAACCCAGUUGCCCCCUUGAGCAUUGAGGACUAAGCAGCUAGUGAGCACUUGGAUGCGUCAACCCAAGAUGUGACCCUAAAACUGGAACACAGGAGCAGGAGUAGGCCAUUCAGCCCCUACUGUACCAUUCAGUAAUAUAACAGCUAUUCUGAUUGUGACCUCAAUAACACUUUUCUGUCUGCCCAACUCUGUUGUCUACCAAAGUCUUGAUUGUAGGAUGUUGUGGUUUGUGUUGUGUUCAAGUUUAGCACUUGCUGAGAAAAUGAGAGAUUUCAGUGGAAGGCAGAUUAGGAUAUUGAAAUUGAUGAAUGAUUCGAAUUGGGCAACUAAGGCAAAAAGGAAUGUUUUCACCCAAAAAGUCAGGGAAAUCUGGAAUUCUGCACAU